AUGUAUGCUCCUACUCGAGGCGGUGCACGCGGUGGUGCGGCCGAAUUCAGCUGGGACAAGGUCAAAGAGUCCAAGGACCGCGAGUUCUACCUUGGCAACUCGGUCGCUGCUCCCACCGGUCGAUGGCAAGACGGACGCGACAUCAACUGGUACAACAAAGACAGCUCCUCUUCCGCAUCUGCCGCUGCCGAAGAAAGGCGUGAAGAGCUGCGCCGAAUCAAAGAGGCCGAGACAGCGGCGCUCUACGCUAAACUCGGCAAGCCACCUCCUCCCUCAACCACCGACUCUUCCGCCAAGGUUGGUGACAGACUCGCUGUCGGGUCGGCAUCAACGUCAGCAAGGAGCGCGACGGGCGCCAACGGCGAACCUCUCGAUGCGUCAAGAUCCAAAUGGGGAGCAGAGGAGGAGAUUUCAGAGGCGGACAAGAAACUUGCACGCAAGUUCGCUAGAGACGAGGUAAGGAGACGCCGUGCAGAGGCGGGCGAGGACGCAAGCAGGAGCAAGCGCGAUCGCGACAGCCACCACAAGAGCAGCAAACGUCAUGCCGAAGACGACGAAGACCGUCGUAGGCGCCAUGAGCGGCACCGAGACUCGAAGCGACACCGCGAGCACGGCCGCGAUGGCGACGAGUCGAAACGAAGCCGCCGUCGAAGCGGACGAGUCGUCGUGCUAGAGACUCCACGUCUCCUGAGCGCGAGCACCGCCGGCACCGAGACGAUGACUCGCGGCACCAUUCAUCGUCGCGUCGCGAGCACGAUCGCUCGCAUCGUCGAAGAGAUUGAACCUCGACUCCAACUCGAAUGCAAUUCAGUGGCGGCCACUUGA